AAUCAAUCAAUGGCAUCAACCCUCUGUGUUUUUCUCCUCACCUGUUAUCGUGCCCUCCGGUACGUGUGCCCAGCCCUAUCACUUUAGGCCAAGUCUUUCCGUACAAUGGAGAUUUUGACCCCCCCCCCCCAAAAAAAAAGAAUGAUACAAGUGCUACCAUACGCUCCGUGCUAUAGUGACCGAGUAAAACCUCUCGUAUACCAUGUUCUUUAACGAAAGACAAUAACAUUGCAUAAAAUACUACCCAGCUCCGCCUUCGAUGACAUUUUCAAGAUAAAUUGUUUCAAAAAUGAAAUUAUCACGUCUUCUUCACCAUAGCUGGAUCCUUCUUGUACAUUGCCUGUGGAGAAAUGUAUCAGGGCUUGCUUGCAGUAGGAUUAUCGAGGGAUCAAUGGGCUCAGAGGGUGAGAUAUCUGCACCCCUCUUUCCUUCUAGUUACCCCCGUGAAGACUCCUUCUACACCUGUACGUACAGGCUGAGGAAUAGGAAUCUUACCAAUCUCAGACUGGUCUUCAGUGACUUUCAUCUUGAUGAUGAUAUUGCUGGAGGAUUUAAGAAUGGAACAAGGGAUUAUUUACAGAUUGAUCUUCACGAUGGUCAGACGCCUCGUGUAUACGUGGGUAUCAAUCGUCCUACCAUCAUCCUCAGUUCCUCAGAUGAGAUAACCCUUACACUUGGUGUCCAGGCAAACCAACCCAACAUUUACCCAGGAUUGAGGACAUUCGCUGCACAGUAUUCUUUUAUCACAGCUUCUCAGAUGAUUGAAUAUGAGGCAAUAUACACGGAUUCUCGUACAGUGAUUCCUACUCUAUCAAUGGAUCAGGGUAAUGUUGCUUACACCGUUCUUGCUCCGAUGGGGUAUGUGUCCGGUUUCUAUUCCUCUCUGGAGAUCGACAUCAUCUGGUACAUUGAGGCAGAGUCUCAUAUGAAGGUCCUCUUCAUUGUCGAUGACUUCACCAAGAGCAAUGCCGACGACACAAGUUCGUUGGCGAUCCAUGAUGGUUUAACCUCAGAGGCCCCUCCCCUCUAUGUAGCACCAGUAGCUCCUAGAAACCACCAUAUCAAAUCUACACAGGAAUAUCUGUACGUGAGAUGGAAAGGUCGAACGGCCGUGGAGUCGUCCUUUGAAGCAUACUUCACGUUCUUCAUUCAAGCAGGUGGUGGUAUGCAGUGUCCUGGGGAUUACUUUCCUUGUGAUAAUGAUCAUUGUAUAUCACAAGGGUUAACCUGCAAUAUGAGAGACAAUUGUGGUGACAACUCGGAUGAAGAAUCUACUACAGUUUGUUUGGGUCGUACUACUACUUCACCUUCCUGUUCUCCGAUGUGUAUUAACAGUGGUAUAUGUAUCAAUGGUGCCUGUGUGUGCCCUGCUGAUUUCUAUGGAGAGCUCUGUCAGUUCCGUAAUGGAUCCAAUUCAGAUUUCACUGACUUACAGCAUACAUCCAUCAUGAUUGGUGCGUUUGUUGGUGCUGUGUGUCUUCUCUCUGUCUGCUGGCUUAUCGCCAUGGCAAGGAAACGAUACCAGGAUGAACCCGCCCCUGGCACUGGUCGACAUCAACGUAUCGUCAGUGUUCAUACAUUAGAAGAAGCAGGCUUACGGCGGAACACAACUAUAACAGACAACCAGGAUAUCCCUCCAGAGUACAGUAUCGCCUGUCGUCGCGACAGUCGACGUGGUAGUCGCCAAGGUUCAUUUGCAAAGCGUUACCGGCCAUCCAUAGAUUCAAUGGGGCCUUUGUCACCACCGCCUGCUUAUGAAGUUGUUGCCGGUGAAGUCGGUUUGGAGAAUUAUGACGGCAUUGCAUUCAGAAUACCAGAGGUUGAGGAGAGAAACCUACCAGAUGUGGUCAACAGAGAACUGAUGUCAGCAACACCAGCACAACCUCCACCACCAGCUCAGCAACAAACGGUCUACCAUGAAACAGAGAUACAUGAUGAGCCACAGCAAUCUGCAACGCAGUCAUCGCCAACACCACCAUCAUCAACAACACCACCACCAUCAACAUCGUCGCCACUGUCAACAACGCCGCCAGCAUCAACACCACCACCAUCAACAACGCCACCACCAUCAUCACCCACAGCAACAACAGCAAAAGCAGUUCCUCAGGACACACUUGUAUGACCAAAACACUGCCCUCUAUUGUUAAUAAACUGUAUAAUCUUUGCUUCAGAGAUUGUUGUAUGUCAUAUUUUAGGUUCAGACAACAAGCUUGAAGAAGUUGAGAGACAUUGGUCAUCUGGUUAUACAUUUCUUUAUGUGCCUUUGUAUAUCAGGUAUUUCUUAUGCACAUACAUACAUAAAUCUCGUACUUUAAUGUAAUUUAUCAGAACAUUUGCAGACCUUUGAUUGAAUACGUAUCAUUUUUAUGGUAGGACCCUUUCACUCAUACAAUACAUUCAGUAUGAAAAUAGUACUGAAAAAUAAAUGAGUUUCUGUAUUUUGCCUUUUAUUUUUCUCUUCAUAACCCUUUUUUUUUUUUCUGCAGUAACUUGUAUUUUGAUAUAACAUUGUACCUCUGAAUUUCAUUAUUUCUUUAUUUUUAUAAAUGUACCAGAAUAAGAAAAAUUCACAUGAAUCAUUAUGCAAUGGCAUUGUUUACAAGCUUGUGAUCUAAUGAUAUGUUAGUUAGAACAUAGACCUCUAGUAGGUCCAUGGUUCGAAUAAGAAAAAAUAUGACACACAGAGAGUACCGAAAAGUUUAUUGAGGCACUUCAUAUAGAUCAUUAUAUCUUUGUAGAUAAUGAAUACAGCAAUAUAAUGAAGCAAAGGAAUAUGUUCCUUUAGUACAUUGCAUUUUUAAAAUCUGACCUUUCUUUUUAGAUAAUCUUAUUUCAUAUUUUACAUGUACAUGUGUGUAGGUUUAAUGAUUUCAUACCAAUCCAAUACCAAUGGAGAAUAAUUGUGAUAUUUCAUUAACCAUGGCUUGAGUCACUUUACAUGUGUUAAUGUUGAGGAUAUCUUGUUUUCAUUAAAAGGAAAAAAAAAACUUCAUUAUUCAUACAUUUAUUAUUCAACAAUUCUUAAACGUUUUAAUUCAUAUGCCUCUCCAGUUGUACUUAAGGGAAAAUAUGGCUUUCUACUUUGAUGAUAUAUAUUUACAUGUAAGAGUAUUAUCACAGGGAAUAGGCUACUGGUACAUAUAUUUCAAAAUUUGAGUUUCUACGUAAAAAUUGACAAAACAAGUCGUAACAUGAUUGAAACACAUUGUCUUUUUUAAUUGGAUUUCACUCAUGAAAUAAUAAAAUAAACAUUAACUGAACUGCUGGACAAUCAAAUUGUGGUCAUAGUUUAACACCAUUUUCAGGUUAGAAUAUUUAUUUGUCUUUAUCGUCAUGCAAAGUUGUCUAUGUUUUGAAGAGUAUUUUAUGAUAAAUGAAUUUAGAUUUGAUACACGGUUUGCCUUUGCUUUAAGGGAAUGCUAUUAUGGUAUUGUGUCUUAUCUCUUUUAUAUUAUCAUCAUCAUAAUCAUCAUCAUCAUCACAUCAUCAUCAUCUUUAUCAUCAUCACAUCAUCAUCACCAUCAUCAUCAUCACCAUCAUCAUCAUCAUCACAUCAUCAUCAUCAUCAUCACAUCAUCAUCAUCAUCACCAUCACAUCAUCAUCAUCACCAUCAUCAUCAUCACCAUUGUCAUCAUCAUCAUCAUCCUCUAUGAAUGCUCUGAUAUAUCUCAUUAUCCUGACUAAGUUAGAGUAAAAUAUGACCCUUUUCAUUGUACUCUUAUCAUGUCAUCUUUCUGUUAAAAUAAAAAAUAUCACCUGUAGGUGAUAUCCCCCAAACAAGGUAAAAAAAAAAAAGGUGUCUUAUUUUGUAUAUUUAAAAAGGUUUACGGGUACUAUCAGAAGAUCUUUUAAUCAUUUAAUUCAAUUUUAAUAAUGUGAAUAUGAUAAUUGAGAGAUGCAAGGAAAUAAUUUGUAGAUUUAAAUUGGAUAAAUGAACAGUAUUUUCAAAUGAUGUAGACAUCACGAGGCCUGCAUUGGCCUAGAGAACAAUUAUGAGGCCUUGUGUUUGUACUUUGUCCCUCUGCUUUGGCCGUAGGUCCCAUUGCUUUGGCCUAAUGGGAUAGGUGAGUGGAUGCUUCAGAAAUAAGGUAACAGUGAGUCAAUGGAACCUGCAUCUGGAGUACUUUUUUCCGUAUGUGGCGUUGCCCUAUUAGUUUAUUGUCUUUUACUCUUUUCCUAGCGCAUUUGGAUUUAACAUCUUUUUCUUAUUAAACGAAAUACUCAUAUUAUGCUACGCAGAAAAUAACAGCAACGAUUUUCAGAAUACCUAUACACAUUGUAACCAAAUACUUUGUAGUCUGUUCACCAACUAUUUCACCCGUUCUCCAUUUCUUGUUCUACAAGUGGUUCUUUCUUUUUGACAUAUUCACCUUUUUAUGGUUUAUUCUUUACUUUGGAUCAUUGCAACCCCCCCCCCCCUGUCUAUGACAUUUUAAUUUGAAACUUUUGCAUAAACAUUAUGAUAAACCUCUACACUGUUAAUCCCUUUUAAUGUUAUUGGGGGUCAUACAAAAAGAGUAGCAAUCAUACGUAUCUUGAUUAUCCAUCGAUCAGAAGCGUGAAUCUCAGACGUGCACAUGAUUUUAGAGUUGUGCGUCAACAAAACUAUUGUUGCAAUAGGCUUCAUGUUAUCUGUAGAUACAUCUCUGUCCACAAAAUGGAAAAUACAGGUGUACAUAUGAUGUUAUAGUUAUCACCCAAAAUGUGUUAUAUCACAUUCAUGUGAAUAGCAUUUUGUAGUGUGUGCAUGCUAGCGUGCAAGCUUUGCUUGUUCAUCACAGAAUUCUUAUGCUUAUGUUCUUACUGCAUUGAUAUCGACAUAAUCUAUAUUGCACUCUCUUUCUGUAUAGCAUCUGUUGAAAGGCGCACAAUUAUUAUUAUUGUAAUUCCAGCUUUAAGGUAAUGAUGCUGACAUUUAAUGUUAAUUAUUCCUACAUUAGUAUUUGAUAUAUAUGUAUGUUUGAUUUCUUCCUUUGUUGUAUUUGAUUUUUUCAUAUUUUGACUCGUAUUAUGUUCAAUGACUGGUGCAUUGUUUCAAUCAGUAACAAUAUAUUUUUCCUUCUUGAUAUGAAAGUGUUUUACUGCUUUUUAUUUUUUACAAGAAAAAAUAGAAAAAUAAUUGAAUAUCAUCUUCUGAUCUAUUUUUGUAUGCCUACUGCAUGAAAUAUGAAUAUUAAAAUUGAAGUCUCUACUAGCACAUUCUUUGUAGAUUACAGCAUGAAUUGUAGUUGAUGUAGACAUAAGGAUUGGGUAUAUUUGUUUUAUUCCUAUAUAAUGAGCAGUGCUGCCUAAUGUUCUUUUUAAUAUAUAUUUGUAUCCAUAUAUGCAGUACUGCAGGUCAUUAGAAAAGAGAUCUAUUUUUUGCUAAAAAUUAUAGAAAUGUAUGAACCAAAAAUGUAAUAAAUGUUUUGUACAUC